GCUUGCUUGUCGAGUACUGAGAUCCUCGUAUAGGAAUCUCAAAUUAUUGAUUCGUUGUUUGCCUGUUGGCAGCCAUGGGCAGUCUCUGCGGGCAGUCCAUCGUAAUCUGAGUUUCCAAGCCGGUUGUAAAAGUCUUCCUCACGCAGUACCACAACUUCAGGUGGCUGUGUCGAUAAUGGAGAAAGCUUGUGAAAUCCUGAUAUACGGUCCUUAUUAGGCGAGGUUCCUGCGCGGUAUGCCAGAUACUAUGAGGCAUUUAUCGUGCUUCCAUCGCUCUGUAUCGCGGACGAAGGGCGCAAAGACAAUGCCAGGUUGCCUGCAGUAGACUGUGGCACUGCAAUCCUGUUACAUCAUUUCAAUACCAUGCGAAAUACCAUGCGAAAUACCAUGCUUGGGUCAUAUUUCUGAGGUUCGAAAUGCGAGGAAGUCCUGUGUUUGUAGGGCUGAUGAUGAGCUGUUCAAACAGCAUCGACAAAGCCGGUAAGGAUUGGCGGAAAGUUUGUCCGACGAACCUCAGCAAAAAGCUCCCUAUCCACAAGUUCCUCUUCCACGCGUUCGCUCGGCAAUUGUUACAACGUGGACGAUACUCGCUUGUUGCUUCUGGGUGCUCUUGCCCUUCCAGCUGGUCUCCAAAAUUCAAGCGGUGGUAGAGAACAAGAAUCAAGGACACAGCUGCCUGGAGGCUCUGAAAGAAUUGCUCCAAGAUGGCCUCGAUCAGACCCAUUCCCAGUUCAGUACCAAAGUCCCAGCGUCAAAGCAUUCCUCCAGCAGCACUCUACGGCACUCCGGGUGGGGAAGUGAGGUUGCGCAUUGCUACUGGUGGAGCUGGUCAAUCAGGACUGCUUCAGAAGCUGGCCGAAGAGUUUAUCGAUGCAUACACCCAGCGCACUUCGACCCCGCCUUUUCAGAUCGCCUGGAUUGCCACCGAUACUUCACUGAGCUUCAAUGCCCUUGCGACUGGUGCAGCGGAUUUGAGCAUCACGUACCAUCCCUAUGCAGAGGCGAUUGCUCUUCGACAGGGGAUUGCCACUCGAUCAGUGUAUGCCUGGCGGGAUCAUUUCAUGCUUGUCGGUUCGUCUCUACUCGAUGGCAGACUCGUCAUAUAUGGACAUGUUUUGUUCGUGUUGGAAUUGAGCUCACGAUGUGUGCCAGGGCCUCGGUCGAACCCUGCGAACUUACCUGUAGAUCAGACUCUAACAAUAAAUGAACUGUUCGCGCUGGUAUUCCAAGCAGCUGUAGAGACAUCAACAUCACCUGAACCGGUCAAAUUUCUAUCCAGGUACGAUAAGUCAGCAAAUAAUAUUCGGGAGUCGAAUAUCUGGAGCUCCAUCGGCCAGACGCCUUGGUCCCAUCCUUAUUCCUCUUGGUAUCAUCGAUACAUUGACUUUCCAUUCGGAGCUUUGAGAGCAGCAAGCAGACUUGGUGAGUACACGCUCGUUGACAGGGGUACUUGGUAUGCAGUCGGAGGCGAAGUCAGGAACAAAAUGAUGGUUUUUAAGGAGUCCUUUGAUGCUCAGCAAGACGAUCCCUUGAUCAAUCCAGCGCAUGCUCUUGUCGGGUCCCUUGCGAAGGAAGGAGACCUCGCGGAAGCAUUUGCCGACUGGCUUAGCCAGGCAGAUGGAGGGCAAAAGGUAAUCAGGGAUUUUGCGACCAACGGCACAAUCCUCUACUCUCCAGUACGAAUGAACGCUCAGCCGCAAGACAGCCGCAAGCGGGCCUUCAAGCUCUGAAGAAUUUCGUACUACAAUACCAAGUAGCAUCCCACCCUAGCUCAGUGUAGAGUAGAAGCACAACUUAUAGCCCGAUAGGGCCACGUCGAU